AUGUCUCCUCAGAGUCAGGUCCCUGCUAAUAGCAAGGGCUCAUGGACAAGUUUCCUAAAGUCGAUUGCCUCCUUUAAUGGCGAUCUAUCCUCGCUGACCGCUCCUCCCUUCAUCCUGUCUACUACCUCUCUCACCGAGUAUUCCGCCUACUGGGCCGAACACCCCGCCCUCUUCGUGGCACCAGCUAAGGAGGCCGAUCCCGCGAAGCGUGCUCUGCUGGUUCUCAAGUGGUUCCUCAGCACACUGCGCCAGCAAUACUGCAGCCGUAGUGAGAAGCUCGGUAGUGAGAAGAAGCCUUUGAACCCGUUCCUGGGAGAGCUGUUUAUCGGCAAAUGGGUGGGUGACGCGGAAGUAGGGGAGACUACCUUGAUCAGUGAACAAGUCAGCCACCAUCCUCCGGCCACAGCCUACGCUAUCUGCAACGAGGCAAACGGUGUCGAGCUGCAAGGAUAUAACGCGCAGAAGGCCUCUUUUUCUAGUACCAUCCUCGUGAAGCAGAUUGGCCAUGCGCUGUACACUCUCACCAAGCCCGGAUCCGACGAUAAGGAGCAAUACCUGAUCACACUACCCAACCUACACAUCGAAUCGCUGAUCUACGGCUCGCCCUUCGUCGAAUUGGAGAAGUCAACCAAGAUUGUCAGCAGCACUGGCUAUGUCGCUAAGAUCGACUAUUCUGGUAAGGGCUGGCUGAGCGGCAAGAAGAAUACCUUCAGCGCAAGCUUGUUCAAGGAAAGCGAGGGCGAGAAGAAGCCUCUUUACACUGUAGAGGGCCAGUGGUCGGAUAAGUUCAUUAUCAAGGACGCCCACACCAAAGACGUCGUCGACACCUGGAGUUCCAAGGAGGACCCCGUCACUCCGCUCACCCUGGCUCCCCUCGAGCAUCAAGAUCUGUACGAGAGCCGACGUGCCUGGAGCGAGGUGGCCGCCAACAUCCAGAAGGGCGACAUGGAUGCCGUAUCUGGGAACAAGUCGCGCAUUGAGACCGCUCAGCGCGAACAGCGCCGCCUCGAGAAGGAGGCAGGCCGCGAGUGGGAGCGCCGUUUCUUCAGCCGUAUUGAGGAGAGUGCCGAGGACCCCCAAAUCCAGCAUCUUGCUAAAGCCAUCGAUCUUCCUUUCGAGGCCGACAAGACUGGCGGUAUCUGGCGCUUCGAUGCUCAGAAGGCUGCUGGCGCUCAGCCGCCUUACCACAAGAUUGGCGGCGAGGGUCUCGGUCUCACCGAGUAG